AUGCUUGCCGUGGCAUCACCACCGCCUGGUUCCAUCAGGCACGGCUCAAUCACACGCAAACCUUUCCUGGUCACGCUUGACGGCAAGGAAAACUUCAGCAGUACAUCCUAUCCACCAGAGAUCUAUGCUCGGCAAGCCAGUCCGUACCAGUACGCUGUCGAGAAGGGUAAGAAGCUGUGGGACAUGAUGAUCAACCCUAAAGCUCGAGACCAGCGCGCUGGAGACUACGAGAAUCUGAUGAGAUGGGGCUGGGUUUGCGCCACGGAGAAGCGUAUGGAAAUCAUUGAAGAAAAGACGGGCGGACUUGAGGAGGCGUCUCGAUCGUGCCAUAUCCAGUUCAACGAGGAGAAGAGUAUAGGCCUUUCUAUGGUCACUAUCCAGGCCACACAUGCCGAAUAUGCUUCCAUCUUCAAUCCCACGCAGGGCGCAGUGGUGAUGUACACGGCACACAGCCCAGCCUACAUGCUCGAAGCCAGCGGCAAAAAGCCUACUCAAGAGAACACACCCGGAAUCUCUCAUCCUUCCGACGUCUUGUUCCUGACCUGGAAACACCUCGUCACCAAUUACCCAGAACACGGUCCUCACCUCCGCUACGUCUUCGUCCGAGGCAUAACUUCUCAAUCUGUCCCGACCCGCGACAUUAUCUGGCAAGCGCUCCGAGCUGACGAUCCAGACCUGGAGGCACCACCACAGGGGUGGAAGAAUGCGCAUAUGUUCAGACGACCGGGUCAGAACGGGAAGGGCAGGAAGGCUGAUGAGCCCUUCUAUGCUGUUCUUGGGACUUACAAUUUCCGCACGAUUGCAUAUAUGCUUGCUCAACACCAGCAGAUGUUUCGAGGGAGGGUUAUCAGUAGUAUCUACAUUUGGGGAGAGGGGGAUUACUUGCAUGGUAUGGCACAUAUUGCUUGA